AUGGCUCAGUUACAAGAUGCAAUCUGCUCCACUGGUUUUGAUGUUGUUCAGGAAGAUAAUGUAAAAAUAGUUGAAGCUGGCAAGGAUGUGAACUUUACCUGCAAAUUUCCAGAGCUGGUACAGUCGAUAAACACAUGGUUUAAACAGACAACUGAUGGCAAAUCCCUACAAAUAGUUUCUUCAUAUUUAAAUCAACAGCCUAGCUGGAAUCACAACUUUGUGAAAACAAAUCGUUUUAAUGUUGCCAAUGAAAAUGGUUAUUUUAAUCUGACCAUUUUUAAGACAAAGUCUUCAGACUCUGCAACAUAUUACUGCGUAAUCUCAGCAUAUCAAACUAUUGGAAUGGGCUCCGGAACUCGAUUACUUGUUGGAGGUUCAGCCACAGACAGAAACUCAACUCUUCAUCAGUCUUUAAUAGACGCUGUUGAUCCAGGAGAUGCAGUGAACUUGCAGUGCAGCAUCUUCACUGAGAGCUGUGCAGGAGAUCACAGCAUCUACUGGUUCAAGCAAAGCUCAGGAGACUCUGAAGGAGUGCUUUACACCAAAGGAGAGAGAAAUGGCCGCUGUAAGAACAGCACUGAGUCUCAAACGCAGAGCUGUGUCUACAGUCUCCACAAGAACAACAUCAGUCGCUCUGAUUCUGGCAUUUACUACUGUGCUGUGGCCGCAUGUGGACAAAUACUGCUUGGAAGAGGAACUCAGCUGAAUAUUAGAGAAAGUUGUGAUUUUAAUCCUGCUCUUCUUGCUUCUGGAAUUUUAAAUAUUAUAUUUUUGGCCCUUGUUGUUUUUCUGGGAAUCAAACUUUGUAGAAGUCAGAUUAAAACAUCCGCUGCUCAAACAACUCAAAAUGAAGACAGCCUGAAUUACGCCUCCAUUAAUUUUAGGCAGAAACCUCUGAACACUAGAAAAGCCAGAGCAAACGUCACUCAAGAUCAGUCUCUGUAUGCACAUGUCAGAUCACACCAGUGAGAUUAUGCUAUAAUGCUGAAAAGUCAUCAAAUGUCAUUGCAAGGUCAAAGUUAUGGCCAUUUUGUAAGUCUUUGUAUGUUACUGUGUGAUUUGAUUUUGUACUGUAUACAUGUACAUUAGAUAUUUUAAUUUGCUAAACUAUAAAAAUAAACGUGUGGGUUUGUGUGUCAGUUAAUAUAUUGGGCACAAUGCUUGAAUGUUAUUGGACUGAAUUGCUUUUUGGAACACCAAGCUAUUUUACAUUUCAAUUUGCAAGUCUUAAAGGAAAGCUUGUGUGUAGUGUCAUUCAUUUGCAUAUGCUAAAUAGAUGUACAUUGAAUAUACUAAAUUUUUCAAAUGUUUGCAUGUGUAUGUUAUUGCGGAGUUUCCCAUAACAAUGCUCAUUAAAAUGCAUUACCUUG